GCGGUAGAGUGGCAUCGCGUGGAGGAAGCGGUGGAGGGUGCGGCGCGUGGAUAACAGGGUGUCAGGGACUCCGGGUCGGCGUCUCGGGGUUAGCUCUACACAGCUGGCCUUGUGUGUGUGGGAGGAAACUGAGGACGCUUGUCCACCGCUCCUGCGGGGAGGGGUCUCACAGCCCUGCUAGGCGCUGCAGCCCGGCGGAGCCUCACCUCGGGGUAGGAAGGGUGGGAAAAGAAGUGGGUUUUUUUUUUUCCCCAGUCUUUGAGACUGUUAUUUAUAGCCAAAGCAAUUCCUGUUUGAGCUGCUUCGUAUGAAGGAGUUCUUCAAGGUCUUUAAAUAGGGGUUGUAGAGAUGAAUUACAGCGGACCCAAAAUAUCGAAACAUUCAACAACUGCGUGGUCCUUCUGUCAGCUACCUGAGUGACGUGAUGUAGUUCGAGUUCGGACUGCUUCGUCUCCUUGUUUUGUAGUUUGUAAUCCGUACCUCGAAUUUAAUAGCAGGUGUCCACCUUCAUAAAAUAAACCGUUCUGUGAUGCCUAACUGGAACUAACAGGAUUCUGGGAUUCCUCAUGCUUGUGUUCCUAGAAAUACAAGAUUUCUCUGCGUUAGACUUUAAAGCAACAAUCUCUGUCAGUCCCUGCCAGAAUAGUCAUUACCAUUUACCGCAAAAUGUGCCUGCAUUUUGCAGAAGUCUUAAAAAUACCUUGCCAAAACAUCACAUCGGAGCUCAGUAAAAAGAACUAUUCUGUUAUUUAUUCUACAAAUGCUCUGCCAUGUCUAGCCAUCGCAUGAGCUCAUCUAAGAAGCUUUUUAUAUAAUCAACAGAAGUCAAGAUAUAUCCAGUGAGCACUAACAGCCAAGAACUGGAGAAGUGCUGCCAACUUUCGCAGGCCUCUUCCAGAUCUGAUCUGUUUAAUGUUCUGUUAGGUUGUGUGUAAGUGACUUCAUGUGCCCGUUACAUUGCUUCUCUCCCCCACCAAUUCAAAUCUCCCAGAUCACCAAAUGUUGUAUUUUCUUAAUGCUAAUCACAGUCGGCAUUGUUACAGACAUUUGCUUUUAUAAGUACUUAUAAAAUAUGUUAGAUACUAGCCAGGUGGCACAUGCCUUUAAUCCUAGCACUAAGGAGGCAGAAGCAGGCGAUCUCUGUGAAUUCAAGCCCACUCAGGUCUACAGAGCAAGUCCUAGGACAGCCAGGCUGUUACAGAGAAAAACCUUGUCUAGGAAAAAAAGAAAAAAAAGUUAAGUACUAUUAGUCAUGUUUUAACAGAUGUGAAAACUGAUCUAUCCAGGAAUCACACAGUUAGUUACUCUGUAUUAAAACUGAAAUUAAAACCUAGAAAGUCUAGCUCCAUGCCCACACCCUUAAGCACAGCUGUUGUAAGAGCUUUCAGUGAGAGACUUUGGAAAAUUUGCUAGAGUGAGGUAGAUUCCCUCUUCUGUUUGGAGAAAGGAGGACAAGAACAUUUGUCCAGAAAGAAACCUUGUAGGGUGACAAUCUGCCCAAAGCAAGCUGAAAUCCGAGAGGACAGUAUAAAACAGAAAAGCCACCUUCAUUAACUUGUUAUUUGUGUUCAUCUUGAAGAAAUAGCUUCUCUUCUGGGCUUCACUCUUUAUUAGAGAUGGGAGGGGAGGGAGGUUAGUAAGAACAACCUUAGUCUGAGCACAGUGGGGCUACAUUAGGGACGGCUAGAGCACUGGAGUGAGUGAGGCUCUAUCGAACUACGCCGGUUUUCCUUUCUGCUCUGAUGGUUUUGGCUUUCUAUCGUGGCCUCGGCUCCAGCUACACCUAUGUGGACCGCAGAUGAGAUUGCUCAGCUGUGCUAUGCACAUUAUGUCAGACUACCCAAGCAGGGGAAGCCUGAGCCAAACCGUGAGUGGACUUUGUUGGCAGCUGUGGUGAAGAUACAGUCUGCAGCUAACCAAGCUUGUGACCCCCCUGAUAAGGAAGUGCAAGUGACAAAGGAAGUUGUCUCAAUGGGAACGGGAACAAAAUGCAUAGGCCAGUCCAAGAUGAGAGAGAGCGGAGACAUCCUUAAUGACAGCCAUGCUGAGACCAUAGCCAGAAGGAGUUUCCAGAGGUACCUUCUCCACCAGCUCCAUUUGGCAGCCGUCCUGAAAGAGGAUAGCAUCUUUGUCCCAGGGACUCAAAGAGGACUCUGGAGGCUCAGACCUGACCUGUCAUUUGUGUUUUUCUCUAGCCACACACCCUGUGGGGAUGCCUCCAUCAUUCCGAUGCUGGAGUUUGAAGAACAGCCCUGCUGCCCUGUCAUCGGAAAUUGGGCCAACAACUCACCUGUAGAAAGGACUGAGAAUCUAGAGGAUUCUAAAAAUAAAAGGAACUGUGAAGACCCAGACAGUCCUGUAGCCAAGAAAAUCAGGCUUGGAACAUCUGCCAGCUCGCUCUCCAAUUGUGUAGCUCACCAUGGGCCACAGGAAAGUGGUCCAGUCAAGCCAGAUGUCACCAAGGAGGAAUGGGAUGCUGCCAAUGGAAUGGCUUCAGGUAGCAUCAGAGUGGUGGAUGUGUAUAGAACGGGAGCCAAGUGUGUUCCUGGAGAAACUGGGGACUUGAGACAGCCAGGUGCUGCCUACCACCAGGUGGGGCUACUUCGUGUGAAGCCUGGCAGGGGAGACAGGACAUGCUCCAUGUCCUGCAGUGACAAGAUGGCAAGGUGGAAUGUCCUCGGAUGCCAGGGCGCACUGCUAAUGCACUUCCUGGAGAAGCCCAUCUACCUCUCAGCUGUGGUCAUCGGGAAGUGCCCGUACAGUCAGGAAGCCAUGAGGAGAGCACUGACUGGCAGGUGUCAGGAAACCUUGGUUUUACCCAGAGGUUUUGGCGUUCAAGAACUGAAAAUACAGCAGUCGGGUUUACUAUUUGAACAGAGCCGCUGUGCAGUCCACAGGAAAAGAGGUGACAGUCCAGGCCGACUCGUCCCUUGUGGGGCAGCUAUCAGCUGGAGUGCUGUUCCCCAGCAGCCUUUGGAUGUCACAGCCAAUGGUUUUCCACAAGGAACAACAAAGAAAGAAAUUGGAAGCCCCCGGGCCAGAUCCCGAAUCAGCAAGGUGGAACUCUUUAGAUCAUUCCAGAAGCUGCUGAGCAGCAUUGCAGAAGACGAGCAGCCGGACUCCAUCAGGGUACAGAAGCUGGCUACCUAUCAGGAGUACAAGGAGGCUGCGUCUGCCUACCAGGAAGCCUGGGCUGCACUCCGGAGGAUACAGCCGUUCGCGUCCUGGAUCAGAAACCCACCCGACUUCCACCAGUUUAAAUGAACUCUUGCUGGUAUCAGGAAUCUUCACAUUGGUCUGCCUCUCCCUUCAUGCUGAACAAACCUCUGCUUUUCUGGAGGUUAAAUCCGAGGAGAAAGAGAUGCCUUCUCUCAGAGCGCCGCACCUCUUUGGUGUCAUAAAUGGAAGCCAGAACUUUAUCAAUUUAUACUUGACUUGAGCAGCUCUGUGCUAAGAGAGCCUCUCAGUUAUGAGCUUGGUAUCUGCCUUCAGUUGUGUUUUAUUGUUCUUUAAAAUACAACAUCAGAGUUUGGAACAUGAUGCUUUUAAAGUAAUCUGCAGCAGCUCUGGUUUGUGUCUUCUGACACUGAUUCAGCAAGUAUGCAUUGGGCUGAAAUCUCUAGAAUGCUGGAAACUUUACAGCCUCUCCUGGACUAAUGAUAAUGUAUUUCGUAUUCCCAGCUUCCUUUUAGAACCAUCCCAGUCCUCAGCAACCAGACCUGGCUGAAGCUAACUUUACCCUCAGGCUCAGCACAGGACUAGCCUUGGAAAGCUCUGUUCUCAGACUUACCAAGAAAGGUUAGUUUGUUUGGGUUUUGUUUUUGUUCUUGAGACACAGUCUCACUUUGUAACCUACACUGUCCUUGGCUUUUAGUCCUGCUUCAGCCUUCCAAGAACCAAGCCACCAUCAUCCCCCACCACACUACUUUUUCCUCAUCCUCCUACCUUUUGCUUGAGACAGGAUCCCUCUCUAUAGCCCAGGCUGGCCUUGAACUCAACACACAGCCGAGGAUGACUUUGGGCUCUGAUCCUCACACCUCUGCCUCCUGGUGUCACACCAUACUUUGCUUCCAGGAUUCUCUUCUGACCAGUGUCGUGAGGACCAUUAUAGUCUUGUAACUGCCAGUAGCCUCCAUCUUUUCCUACAGACAGAGACAGCCAGCUGAGAAUGAAGGCAGCAGAGGAGGAAAAUGCCAGAACAGCAAAGCACUAGGGUCCAGCCUGCACCCAGACCACAUGAGACAAGUGCCUGGUUUGAUGUUUUUUCUUGAUUUAUGGGGGCCACACAUGCUAUAGUGUAUGUGUGGCGGCAAGCACCUGUAUUAGCAGAGCAGGGCCCUGUUCUGAUUGAAUUCUUUUCUUUUUUAACUCAGUUCCCAAAUGCCUUAAUUUCCUACAGCAAAUCCGCAAACGACCUAGCAACUAACUAACCUAAGAGAGAGUGCUCAGCUUCUCCCCACCUUGAAAAACUAGCCGGAAAUAGAAGUGCUGCUUGUUACUCAGUGUCACUAGGUUUUAUAGUGUUUUGUUUUGUUUUGCUUUGGUUUGUUUUUCCAGACAGGGUUUCUCUGUGUAGCCCUGGCUAUUCUGGAGCUCACUUUGUAGAUCAGGCUGGCCUCAAAUGCAGAGAUCUGCCUGUCUCUGCCUCCUGAGUGCUGAGAUUAAAAGGUGUGUGCCACCAUGCAGGGUUCUUUUAAAGACUUGAAUAAAAUGUGAAGUAACAUAUUUUUUAGCUAUU